UCGUGUUUUAAAAAUUAGUCCCGGGCCGUCAAAAGGCAGAAGAAAAAUCCCGCGACGAAGGGGCGAAAAUUUUGGCCGUCGAAGCAUUCAUCGUAGACGCAUUCCGCCGCAUCCUCCUCGCAGGCCACUGUCGCUCGCAGCACAGCCGCAGCCUCGCGUUCCUCUAUCUCACAAGGAGCCAUGGAUUACGAUUUCCAUAAGAAUGGACCUCCAUAUGAUGCCUAUAGAGCUACUGCUACUGGCGGCUAUGCUGCCCAGUCUUUCUAUCCACGAAUUGGUCAGCAUAACGAUCCGUUGAUUGGCCGGGCACCUCCCACUCCCAUUCCUGCUCCUUCGACAACCCCAUCAGGAUUGGGCAUCAGGGUUGCAAUAAAGCCAGAAUAUCGAAUAGCACCACCUCCAGCAUUGUCACCACAAAUGGCUCAAAUCCCAAGGAGCAAGUUUCAGUUUGAUUUUGACUUCGAGAGAAAAAUAUUAGCAGAGGCAGAGAAAGAUAGCCAGAACUGGAGCAGCAUCAUCCUGGAGAACGGACCACCAUCCAGGACUACAGAGACUAGUUCUCUGGAUUCCUCCAUUCCCCAGGAUCCAUUGGCAAGCAAAUUUGUGGCUUUAGGACUGAGUCCGGAAGCUGUUACCUUGGCUGUGAAAACUUAUGGCGACAAUCCAACCAAGGUUCGUGAAUUUGUUUUGUCAUAUAAUCGUCUGCGGGAAAUGGGGUUUGCUGCGAAUACUGUUGCUGAAGUUCUCGCAAAAUAUGAUAAUGAUAUGGAGAAAGCGGUAGCACAUUUCCUCAACAUUUGACAUGAUUUCGACAUGAGAGUUGAGACUCGUUUUCAGUGAUUGAACCAUUCGUUCGAGUUUUUGUACAAAAAUUUGAGUGCGGUCCUACUCAAGAAUUACUGUUCUAUGUUUUGAACGUUUGGCAGGACGCAUUAACCUCUUCCUGACGCAUCCAUGCAUGGUUCGGUCCUCGUCAAAGCCAUCUGAAAUAUAAUGCCAGAGGUUAUUUCACAGUUAAUUAGCUGGGAGCCUGCUUACGUUUACUGAAAUUGGUUUCCUAGCUUCCAUUACUUAUCACUUCAUGACUGUUAUAGUUUAUUAUUAUUAUUUUUUAAA